ACCAAAGAAUCUUUUCCGUAACCGACAUUUUUCUUCAAUUAGUUUAAUGACUUCCGGCGAAAAAUAAAAGCAAAGUAAAGAAAAUCUUUCCACAAGUUUGAACGAUGGAUGAACCUAUGGAUGCAGAGGCUGACUCUACACAACCAGAGCUAGGCAAAGAAAAUGUGUCCCAAGCUGAAGAACAUCCACUUCUGCGACCUGGUAGUAUGGUGAUGAUGACCUUAACUCCUGGUGAUUAUGAAUCUCAAUACUGGCCAAAAUUAGAGGAGGCAAUAAAUCAUUUGUUAACUAUGGCACCAGGUCAAGGAAUACCUAUUUCUUAUGAACAAAUGUACAGUUGUGUAUAUAAAUGUGUAUGUAAACAAUUUUCUGAAAGGUUGUACUCAGAUCUGAUGCAGUACAUGUCAAAAUAUCUUGAAGGAAAAAAUGAGGAAUUCCAGGCAUGGGAGAAGGAAGAUGGGAGACAAUUUUUAGAGAAAUAUUAUUCUGUAUGGAAUCAAUAUCAACAGGCAUUAGCUGGUAUUGUUCCAAUAUUUAACUAUAUGAAUAGAUAUUAUGUCGAAUCAAAACUGAAAACAAAUUUACAUACAGAAUUAAAGAAACUGUUUAGAAAACAUAUUUUAGAAAAGCAUCUAGCACACUUAUUUUCUGUCCUUGAACAAAGCAGUAACACACCUUUUAUAAUUCCGCCAGCCUUGAUGUGUAAUACGAUACAAAGUCUUCAUUCCAUUAAUCCAGAAUAUGCAUCAUUAAAGCCUGAAUUAUUUUCCCGAUUUAUUCCAAAUGUUCUACCUCAUACAUCAGUAACAGAAUUAGACAGAUAUAUAGAAGAAACACAAAAUAUGCAAAUAGAAAUGAGAAAAUUAGAUGGUUUUAAUUCAUGUGAGUCAACGAGAAAACGAUACAGAGAAGAAGACGGACCAGUGAAGUGAUUAACAGAUCCAAAAUAUCCAUCCAUUCAUCUGUGAUCAAUUUUAUCUUUUAGACGUAUUGCUUGUGCUGUGACCAUUCUGUAAAAUUCUAACCAUAUAACACACUUUUGACAUCAAUAUCUGACUUUAUUAUUGAUUGGAAAUUCUACAAUAUCAAAUGACCAUCACAAAGGAUGCAGCAUUUGUAAAAUCAUGUUAUCAUAUAAAUACUAUUUCAAGCAAAGUGAAAAACUUGUCUCUAAUGUAAUGUGACCAUGAACAAGAAAUUUGUAUUAUAAUCCUUAUAUUAUUAUGUGCAUGGACUUCGUACAGAAACUAGUGUUGUAAUGAAAAAUUAACUGAAGUCACCAAAAGAUUUGUGUGCUAUUGUCUCACAUGUUUAUAAGUACAGUUGUAUUUUGAGUUUUCAUUGUGACAUUAGUUAUAGACAUCUGAUGCUUGUCAAUAUUUUUAUUUUAAUAUAUUGUGUUUAUAUAGAUUGAAAAUUAAUACAAAACAUGGACUGCUCAUAAACCAAGGUUGUUUUGCUUAUUAAAAUUAAUGAGUGUUCUAUGUAGUCAGCUGUUCCAUUAUUAACAGUCUAAACCGUUGCUUAUCACACCUGACAUUACUACAAUAGCCACACUUCAAUUACUUAAAAAACCUAGUUUACUCGGUAUUUUAUAUGUGAUGCAGUUUGCUCAUUGUAUAUUCCAACGAAAUUGUUAUCAUGUUAAUGCCAAAAUAGUUCCAAUUUUAAAAGUCCUAUUAUCUGAAAAUACUUUAAAUUUUUGAAAAUAGAUGAAUAAGUUUUAAAAGAAUUUUUAUUUUUUUAGAGUUUACAUGUAUAU